AUGAAGCCUUGCUACUCAUUCGCAUCACGAGGGAACCACUGCCAGCACCAUCGUCACCGACUAAUUAUAUUUGUUACUACGCUACUAUUACUUUGUCCCGCCUUGAUACAAGCGUCUACUGGUGAUCAACUCCCCGCUUUUCAACAAUGUUUAAAAACCUGUCAAUGCCAAACCUUACCAUCAAAAUACACAGUAAUUGGAUGGUCAUGUACAUCAAACUGCAAUUAUUAUUGUCAGCAAAUUGUGACUGACGAAAGAAAAAGAUUGAAUUUACCCGUGGUUCAAUUUUAUGGCAAGUGGCCAUUCAAAACUGUACUUGGAGUUCAAGAAUUUUGGUCAACUGUGUUUAGUUUGGGGAACUUAUACGUCAAUUAUUCAAGUUUUAAAGUGAUUUAUCGAGAAUUUAAGAGAUUACCCAAAGGAGAUAAUGUUUCGACAAACACAAGUAUGAUUGAAUCACGAGUAUUAUAUUUCCAAAGCAUGAUAUUACUUGCCGUUUCGUGUAUUGGAUGGUGUUUUAGCUCACUUUUCCAUUUCCGUGAUACUUCAUUCACUGAAGUACUAGAUUAUUUCGGGGCAUUUGCCAUUAUACUAUGCAAUUUAAAUGUAAUUGUCGUUCGAUAUUUCAAAUUGUACAAACUAGAAUAUCAACUACGUUUGAAGCUAUGGCAAUUGAGUUUAUUUUCAUUAUAUGCCUACCAUAUAAUACGAUUAUUUCUUGAUUGGGAUUAUUCUUACAAUAUGAAUAUUAAUGUUGUUUUGGGGUUAUCGGCCAUGAUCUUGUGGUUUCUUCAUUCGUUUAACGUUGGGCAGAUAUAUAAUAAGAAUAUCAAUUUGGUAAACAAUACUAUUGCAUUGUUGCCAUAUGAGACCAAUAUUUUACAAAAAUUACAUCUAACCAAUAACUAUCUACUUGGAUAUACACAUAAGAAAUUGAGUUCUGCUAGCCUAUGUCGAUGGAUCCCAUACAUACCCGUUUUCAACAACGCGAUAUUGUUAUGUGGAUUGUACCUAGAAAUUAAUGACUUUGAACCAUGGCAAAGAUUAGUUGAUGCACAUAGUUUAUGGCAUUUGUUAACUAUUUUCCCUAGUUAUAUUUGGUUUGAUUGGAAUGUAUGGGAUGUGGAAAUGUCGAAAGUCACAGGUACUUUAUAG